AGCACACCUAUUUAAACCAAACCUUUUUAAUCAAUUGCACCACCUUCGUCAGUCACUCGCCGGAGAAGAAAAGUAAGCGAAUUCAGGCAACUUCAAACCACGGCCGCCACACCACCACCACCACCACCACCACCAUCACCACCACCAUCACCAUCACCAUCGGCGCCUUCUCCUAAUUCAGCACCAUUAACACUAUUACCUCUCUCCAUACCCCAAUCAUAGAUCCGGCUCUGAGAGACAGAGAGAGGAAUAUGGGGUCCGAGUUGAUCUACAGAGGUCACGAGACCCAACCCAAGUCCAAUUCAUACUCGCCGAAGCCUACUAAGCCAUGGUUCUUCGAGAUUCGGCCGAUUCGAUACAUCCUCCGGGAGCAAAGACUCCUCUUCGUCCUCCUCGGCAUUGUCAUCGCCACCCUCUUCUUCACUCUCCUCCCCUCCUCCUCUCCGAUCUCCCACUCUCACUUCCUGUCCUCCGAGUUAACUCAGCCAACUCACCGAAUCUUCUACCAGGCCCAUUCCGUGUUCAGUUCGGGCGGCGGGAAGAUCCCCCUAGGGCUCAAACGCAAGGGUCUUCGGAUCGUCGUCACGGGUGGAGCCGGGUUCGUGGGUAGCCACCUGGUGGACCGUCUGAUCGCGAGAGGAGACAGCGUGAUCGUCGUCGAUAAUUUCUUCACGGGUCGGAAAGAGAACGUGAUGCACCAUUUUGGAAACCCUAGGUUCGAGCUCAUCAGACACGACGUCGUUGAGCCUCUACUCCUUGAGGUCGAUCAGAUCUACCAUCUCGCUUGCCCUGCCUCUCCUGUCCAUUACAAGUUCAACCCUGUCAAGACUAUCAAGACGAAUGUGGUGGGGACUCUGAACAUGCUGGGGUUGGCGAAGAGAGUAGGAGCGAGGUUCUUGCUAACGAGCACCAGUGAGGUGUACGGAGAUCCUCUGCAACAUCCUCAGGUCGAGACUUACUGGGGCAAUGUCAAUCCAAUCGGAGUCCGGAGUUGCUACGAUGAGGGAAAGCGCACAGCUGAAACAUUGACCAUGGACUAUCACCGCGGUGCUGGAGUUGAGGUGAGGAUUGCUAGGAUUUUCAACACAUAUGGGCCUCGGAUGUGCAUUGAUGAUGGCCGCGUUGUCAGUAACUUUGUUGCUCAGGCCCUGAGGAAGGAGCCAUUGACAGUUUAUGGUGAUGGCAAGCAGACACGGAGUUUCCAAUACGUUUCGGAUUUGGUGGAGGGUUUGAUGCGCCUGAUGGAAGGAGAACAUGUAGGACCUUUCAAUCUUGGAAACCCUGGUGAAUUUACCAUGAUCGAACUUGCUCAGGUUGUCCAAGAAACAAUCGACCCGAACGCAAAGAUAGAAUUCAGGCCUAACACAGAGGAUGAUCCCCACAAGAGAAAGCCUGAUAUCACAAGGGCCAAAGACCUGCUAGGUUGGGAGCCGAAAGUGUCCCUUCGCAAGGGUCUCCCUCUAAUGGUCUCAGAUUUCAGGCAACGGAUCUUUGGCGACCACAAAGAAGAUGGUGCCUCAACCACGAUGCCCUUAGCUUAAGAAUGGGGUAUACGUUUUUGAGUGACUAGUUUAAGAAAGUACGUUCAGGCGAAUACCAUUUCCAACUCUCCAUUGACACAAAAAGUCACCACACCAGCAGUAAGAUUAGCCCCAUUAUUUUCUAUUGAAUAGUCUUGAGCUCUUCUUUCGUCUAGCAUUUAUGCCCUUGUAUUUUUUUUUGUCACCCAUGGAACUAGAACAGAAAAACAGAUGUCCUUUUUAUUUAUAUAUUCUUUUGAAGAAAAAAAUCCUUUCUAUAAAUAAAUUUUUCCAUC